AUGCUAUUCUGUCCAAGCUGUGCCAAUCUUCUCCUGAUUGAGAACGAAGACGGUCAGGAUUUCUUCUGUCAAACAUGUCCGUACACUUAUAGCAUUCAAAAACGGCAUACAACGCGCAAAGAACUUCAACGAAAAGAAGUUGACGACGUUCUCGGUGGCGCUGACGCUUGGAAAAACGUCGACUCUACAGAAGCAACGUGUCCGAAAUGUGAGCACGAACGGGCCUUCUUUAUGCAGAUCCAGAUCCGUUCGGCCGAUGAGCCAUCUUCAAUCUUUUACAAAUGUUGUAAUGACGAAUGUCAACAUCAAUGGCGCGAAGGUUAG